AUGAAACCAGCAAGGCAUCUGUCAGCCUUUAGUAAGAAAUUGGCAAGUGUUCCAGAAUUACCUUAUAAAGAAGGAUUAUUUAAUUCAUCACCUAAGCCAAAAGAAAAACAUGGUGCUAAAUCAAUACAUAAUAAAAUUGAACCAAUGGUCCUAAGAUCCCCACCCACAGGAGAAUCUAUUAUACAGUAUGCCUUGCCAAUACCAUUGAGUAAGACAAGGGAAUUAUUAGCAGAAAAUGAAAUGCUCAGGAGGAUCACUGAACAGCUGAAGAUGAUUAUUUCUACUAUGGAAGAAUCUUAUGGAGUUCUUGAUGAAUAUGGAGAAAAAGUAGCAGUAAAACAUGGCAAGGAAGACCUAUCUUUGUCAGUUGGUGAUGACAUGAAAUCAUUCUUGCUUUGGUGUACGGAAUUCACAGCACAGCUAGAGGAAGCAAUUAAGGAAGAAUGUAAAGUUCUGGAAUCUCUUUUUAAGUGGUUUCAGCAACAAGUCAACCAAAUGGAAGAGAUAAGUAAAGAUCAAGCUGUUUUAGAAACAGAUCUUCCAUCAGCUGAUAAAUCAAAUUUAAGCAUUGCACAAAUAGUAAAUGUGAUACAAAAAUUUGAAGAACUGAAAAAUCGCCUUAAAGACCAUAAAACAUCCCUGCAAUUUAAAUACAUGUACUUGUCUGUUUCAGGAGUCAUAAAAUCCCACUCAAAUGAAGAAUCUACAAAUGUUUCUGAAACUGAGCCAGAAUCUACCACUUCAGUGACCUAUCAGUGGAAUAUGCUGAUGAAAAUGUUUGAAAACCAGGCAACUAUGUUGGAGAAAGCUUUAAAUGAUCAAGAUUUAACAGAGGCUAAAUAUAAACAGAUGAAAACUGAUUUUGACUUGUUAUAUAUGGAGAAAUCCCAGCUGGAAAAUGAAAUACAAUUGUUGAAAGAUGCAGAGAGAGAAGCAAGUACUCUGAAGAUGGAGAAGAAAUCCCUUCAGGAACAACUGAGAUGGGCUUUACAGGAAGCCAUGAGAAGUAAGAACCAACUUGACCAUGUCCUACAGCAAGAGUUAGAGUAUUUUAAAAGUGAAGAAAGGCUCAAAACAAAAUUGGACAGAAAUUCUAAUAAAGUAAAAGUGACAGGUGAAAAUUUAGGACGUACCCCAUUGCAUGAGAGUGAGUCAAGGACAACAUUACCUUCUCAUUCAGGUGGACAAAGGACUUAUGAACAUGAUCAGGUAAGUAAAUGGCCAAUAUAG